UAGGGUUGAAAACAGUAGGGACAAGGGAUCUGAAAAGUAUUUAGCCCAACCUGGAGAGUUCCCUCACAUGUGUAUAGUUUACAGGAAAGCGAAUGGAAUCAACACAUACGUAGGUGGCGCUUCCUUGAUUGCAAGGAAUAAAGUUCUGACUGUGGCGCACAAGUUUCUUGUUAAGACCUCUAAAGUUGAUGAAGAUAUUGUGUUUAGCCCUGAUAUCUAUGUUAGGUGUGGAGAACAUGACGUUAAACUAACUACAGAAUUUCUUCAAAGUCAGGAAAGUCGAGUAUUGAGUGUUCAUCUGCAUCCAGAUUAUGAUAAAAAGAAUAUAUUUAACAACCUGGCAAUACUAGAAACAGAAUCUAACUUUAUCUACCAGAAACAUAUUGGACCUGUUUGCUUGCCCUCACCUGGCGAGAGAUUUGAAGGGUUGACUGAUUGUAUAUCUACUGGCUGGGGAGCGGAUGCCCAGCAAUCUACGAAUCCGAAUGCUGUAUACAGUGAUGUUCUUAAGAAAGUAACUUUACCUGUAAUGAGGAGCAGAGACCAGUGCGCUGUUGAUAUUAGUGCGAUACCCAGGUUUGUGUAG